AUGUUUUUAUUGUUGUUAAGUCAGUGAUGAGUGUGAUUUGUGUAGGGUACAAAACUAAUUGUAUUUUUAAUAAAAAUGCACGUCCCACCAUAUGCAUGAUGUGCGUUGUUAAUAUUUCGACAUGAGCUACUCCCUAGAGAGAAUUUAUUACAUUAUUGAAACAAAUAUUAAAUUACAUUACAAUUACAAACAUUACAAACAACAAUUACAUUAACAUUACAAACAAUUAUUAAAUUAUUAACAUAACAUUAUUAAAACAACUUAACGUUCACACAUAUCCAUGUUAAUGCAAUUCUUGAUCUGAUUUUAUAUCAACAUCAAUGGCACGUUGGAUCAGAUGUAGUUUAUCUUUAGAAUCAUUUUUGUAUUUACUGUAAAAUAUAUUAAAAGUAUUUUGUCCCAAAAUGCAAAUAUUUGAUACCUCUUGUAUCCGAUCCCAGGGCCCGCCGUUAUUCACGCAUCUCUAUCAAUUGAAUUAUGGAAUCAAACAGCAUUCAUCACAAUUUACUUGUAAGGAAAAUUCAUUCAUGCUUUCACGAAGCCGACAGCACAGUAUUUUACCUAUUAUACCGUGCCGACAAUGAAUGUGUGUGCUAACUCUGUGAAAAUAUUAAAUACAUGUUCAAGAUAAAUGCCAUAUAACAUCUUGUCGAAAAUUAGAGAAAACUGAUAGAAUGUAGUGAUUAUUAGCGUUUGAAACAAGGACAUAUAAGUGAUACGCAACUUUCAUUUAACUAAUGCGCUAUUGCGUGCCAUUUUAUCAUUUUAAUGAAUCUUGUUCAAUAUGUAAACUCCGUGAAAGGCAUCGAAAUUUCCAGAAUAUUCCCUAUUCUGUGAACAAUCUAUUCCAUACCACUAUACUAGCGAUUACGAGUGUUUGCUGCAGCUUGCUGUUUGGUGGAAUUUGGCUUAGUUUAACCUCUUCAUCUUGAGUGGUUAAGCAGGUGGUUAGAGCGCGGUGUUUCUAAGGCGAGGAAUUUCGAAAGAUUUUGAAGUUUAUUCAACAAAAAAAUCACCAUUUAAUGAUUAAUAAUCACCAACCAGUUGAAGUUAACUUGGUGUUUAGUUAGAAGGUUUAGUAAUCGAAGUUCGACGGAUCAAGUUAGUGCAAGCAUUUGACGAAGUUUCUUUCAAGUACAUUGAGAAGUCUUCAAGAGGUGACAUUAAAGGCCGAUUUUUGUACGUGUAUUUGCUGAAUUUCAUCAGAUUCUUGAAUAUGUCCGCAAAAUUGGAUGAGCUAAAACUUGAUGUAGCUGAAUUGAAUCAGCUGCUUGCAAGUGCAGAACGUCAAAAAGUCAAAGAUAUUCUGCUAAUAGAAAUUCGUAAAUUAGAAACAGAAAUAACACGCUUGAAAGAAAUUGAAAAUGCAAAGGUAUCUCAGGCUGAGAGCAAAACAAAUCAAACUAAGCCCAACAGGUGUUAUGAUGUGAAAUUAAAUAAUUAUGCUUGGGAUCAGUCUGAUAAAUUUGUGAAGAUAUUUGUAACUCUUAAAAACGUUCAUACUCUUGAAGAAGCUAACAUUUCUUGCAUCUUCACCAACAGAUCUAUGGAGUUAACUGUUCGUGGAUUGGAUAAUCGUAAUUAUAUUUUACCAAUUUCUAACCUCCUUGACGAUUUAGAUGUGAAUAAGUGUUAUUGGAAAGUUAAAACGGAUACUGUUGUAGUAUUUAUGGCAAAAUCUAAAAUUGGAUCCAGUUGGUCUCAUAUGACAUCUUCUGAUAAAAAAGCCAAAGAACCCAAAUUACCGAAAUUUGAUAAAAAUGAUGACCCUUCAGCUGGUCUAAUGGAUAUGAUGAAGCAGAUGUAUGAAGAUGGAGAUGAUGAAAUGAAACGCACCAUUGCUAAAGCAUGGACUGAAAGUCGUGAAAAACAAAUGAAAGACUUUUAGAGUCUAAAAUGUAUUUGAGACAUUUUUUUGUGUUGUAAGUAGCUUUGAUUCUCAAAAGAAGAUGGCAACUGUUACACUUAAAGUAUUUAUGAAACAUAGAGAUGGUUAUCUUCCAGUUAAGAAGUGUUCACUUAACUAUUUUAAUGUGAAGAUCAAUUUCUUCCAAGUACACUGUCAGAAAAAUCAGCAGAUGCAAAGCUUUUAAUUUUGAUUUAUAACGGGUUUUUAAUGAAAGUUUUCUGAUGUUUUCUAUUAUCCAAUACGGCUUGUUUUUGAAGACUAGGUGUCCUUAAAAUACUUAGCUUAUUGAAAGCCAGUAUUAAUAGAAUAAUUCACUGAGGCACUUCUUUGAAAAAGUUCAAAAAUAUGUAAAGUGUUUUUUUUUUGUGACUGUAAUAUACUUAUACUGUAUGUUUGUAAUCACAUGUAAAAAAUACAUUGCUUUUUAUUGUUAAGUACUUUGUUUUAACAAUUUCUUCUGGAAAAAAGGCAAUUUAAAUGAAUAUAAGAAUACCUCAAAAUGAACUUCAUGGUGUAUUAAACAUUGCAAUUAGUAUUAUCUUUUGGAAAAGUUUCAAGAAAACAAUUGGAGCAAUUUUUGUGUAAAUGGCGUUGAGCGUUUCAGAACAUGCAGUAUUUUCAACUCGAAAAACCAUUGCAUUUUUGACAAACUUAAUACGACAUAAUUUAAAGCAUAUCAACUCGUAAAUGCAAUAAUGUGAAGAAUGUGCCUCUGAUGUGAAUAUUAAAGACAUGAGAGGC